AUGUCCAAAGAUCCAGCCCGACCGAACGUCGUACUUGUUCUAGCUGAUAAUCUUGGCUGGGGAGAGCUGGGAUGCUAUGGCGGCGGCGAGCUUCGUGGCGCAGCCACACCACGCAUUGAUAAGCUGGCUACUGAAGGCCUUCUGCUGCACAAUUUCAAUGUCGAAAGCGACUGUGUCCCGACCCGAUCCGCCCUCAUGACUGGCCGACACCCGAUUCGUACGGGAUGCCGCCAAUCCGUGCCCGCUGGGUUCCCUCAAGGCCUCACGGCGUGGGAAAAGACCUUGGCCGAAUGCCUUAAAGACAACGAAUACGCAACUGCACAUCACGGCAAGUGGCACCUCGGCGACAUCCCCGGCCGGUAUCCGUCCGAUAGGGGUUUCGACGAGUGGUUCGGGAUCCCGAGGACUACAGAUGAGACGCAAUUUACGAGCGCGCUUGGAUACACCCCGGAGGUAGCUGAGCUACCAUACAUCAUGAAGGGGAAGGCGGGCGAAUCCUCGGAGAAUGUUUGCAUCUACGACUUGGAAACGCGCAGGCUUAUCGACGAGAUGCUGGUAGAGAAGUCGAAGGACUGGCUAUCCAGGCAGGUCGAGGCUCAGAAGGCGUUUUUCUUGUACCACCCACUCGUCCAUCUGCACUUUCCUACACUCCCGCACAAGGACUUUGCUGGUAGCACAGGUCAGGGUGAGUUUGCCGACUCAAUGGCCGAGAUGGAUUAUCGUGUUGGCGAAAUUCUGGAUCACAUCGAUGACUUGGGAAUCCAAAAAAAUACGAUUUUCAUAUUAGCUUCGGACAACGGACCAGAGUUCAGAGAACCGUACAGAGGAACAGCUGGGCCGUGGUCAGGAACAUACCACACAGCCAUGGAGGGCAGUCUCCGGGUCCCGUUCAUCAUUCGAUGGCCAGGUCAUGUUCCUCAGGGUGUGACUCACAACGGUAUCGUUCACGUGACUGACUUGUUCACAACGAUUUUGUCCAUGACCCGUUCCGUGGUGCCCUCCGACCGGCCAAUCGAUGGUGUAGACCAGACGGAAUUCUUCUUGAAGCCUCUGGAGACACCAUCACCCAGACAUGGAUUUCUGUUUUAUAUCAAGGAAGAUCUGCGCUCCAUCAAAUGGAAGGAUUGGAAGCUUCAUCUUGUCUGGGAGCCAAAGGUCAACCAGUCGAGUGGGAAGCUUGAGUCACCUUACCUUUUCAACGUUGUUAGAGACCCCAAGGAAGAGGUAGACAUUUUAGCCUACAACACCUGGGUCUUACAACCGAUGUUUAAGCUGAGAGCAGAGUUUCAGAAAAGCUUGAAGAAUGACCCUGCGCCAUCUGAUCCGCUCAAAGAUUUUUAA